GAGGGAGUCAGUCACACGAAAUACUCCACCUGCGCCUACCCCAUCUCUCAAAGGUGUCUACCAAAUGACCCGAUAUUGCGAAUCCUUGUUUUUCUCUAAUAUUUAGAAUUCAUAGUUGACAGCUCAAAAGUUUGCUGCACAAGUAAACGUCAUUUAGUGGUCUCAUGUUAUUUUAGACAGUAGUAUGAAACUACUUCGUUCUUGUAUCAGUUCUACCUCAUUGAGGAAACAUUGGCUGCAUAUCUCUACUCAGAGAUUGCAAAAUGAAAGUAAACAAAAACCGGCUGACCGAGCCUGGGCAGAACCUGAGGGUGUCAUCUCCGAUGUAGUCAUCUACAAUCCAUUGGUAAAGCGCAAGGUACCUCUCAUCCUGAGAAACAGAGGGUAUGUCACUUGGUACAUGUGUGGACCUACGGUUUACGACUCUGCACACAUUGGACAUGCUUGUUCUUACGUUCGACUGGAUGUGAUCCGCAGGAUAUUGGAAGACCAUUUCGAUAUCAAUUUAGUUACAGUCAUGGGAAUAACUGACAUAGACGACAAGAUAAUAAAGAAAUCUCUAGAGAGCAAGAGAGACUGGAAAGAGCUCACUAGGUUUUACGAAAAGGAAUUUUUUGCUGACAUGGCAGCUCUGAAUGUUCAACGCCCUUACCUUUGCUCUCGCGUUUCAGAACAUCUGCCACAAAUAAUUCAGUUCAUCGGUCAAAUUCUCCACAAUGGCGGUGCCUAUGUUUCGAAUGAAGGAUCUGUAUAUUUCGACACCAUACAGUAUAAAGGUUAUGGAAAAUUUGGAGCCAAGGAGCCUGGUGCUCCUAUUCACGGAAAAAGAAACGGAGCAGAUUUUGCAUUGUGGAAGGCUGCCAAGCCUGACGAACCCUUUUGGGAGAGCCCUUGGGGCCCCGGACGACCUGGCUGGCACAUAGAAUGCAGCGUGAUGGCGAGCGAAAGCGUCGGUGCAAACGUGGAUAUCCACAGCGGUGGAAUCGAUCUAGCUUUUCCUCACCAUGAAAAUGAAGAGGCCCAAUCCUGCCAGUACCACGGGGUUGAGCAGUGGGUGAAUUAUUGGCUCCAUACGGGGCACCUUCAUUCUAAAAAUAUGAAAAUGUCAAAGAGCCUAGGAAACACAAUUAGCGUGUCAGAAUUACUCCGUGAAUACACCUCAGAUCAAUUCAGGCUGUAUAUUCUCAGUUCUCACUACAGGACUGGUAUCGAUUACACGGAUCAAAGCAUGGUUGCCCCAGUUACAAUAACAAAGAAAUUCGAGUCUUUCAUCGAUGACUGUAACAACUAUGUCGCAGGCACUCUGCCUAUGGGAAAUAUAGACGAUGUCACCCUAAUGAAGGGUCUGGUGGAAACGAAAGCAGCCAUCAGAACUGCAUUAGCGAACGAUUUUGAGACACCAAAAGCAAUUCGUUACCUGAUAGACCUAGUGGCUCUUGGGAACAAGAUGCUCCAUUCACCAGCUGAGGAAGGAAAAUCAAGAAGUCCUGCAGCAGUUGCUGCUACUGCCAAUUACGUUACAUCGACACUUCGGUCUUUCGGACUGCAAGUAAACGCGAAGAACACGGCACAGCGUGAUAUUAUCGCUGCUGCUCAGACCACAGAUGUGAUUGAAAGUUUUGUUAAGUUCAGACAAGAUGUUAGAAAUUUUGCUCUUCAAAGUAAAAGCAAAGAUAAGACGUUACUGGGAGUCUGUGACGAAGCUAGGAAAGAACUAUCAGUUCACGGUGUGCAGAUCAAGGAUCACGGGAAAGAGUCGACCUGGAGUAUUGGAGGGGCUCGUAAAAUUUCAAAUUGAGUAGGAUGCUGAACUUCAUCGGUGAUAAUAAAUGGUUUCACAAA